UGCCAACAUGAUCAUCUCAAGAACACUGAACCUUUAAAUAGCACAACUACAUAUGUAUGAAAGGUUAAAAUGAGAUACCCAGGCCAGAGAACCCUGAUUGGCACAAUUUGUUUUAUGGAAAUAUCGGUGUACGGUUUUCAUAUCAAUUUAUCGCCGCAUCGCCCUUGAUUCCGAAAAGUAACUACCCUAAAUUGAGGCAUGCCUAAAUGAGGCACCUUUAUCGCCAUUCUUUGUCAAGGCACACCUACUUUUCAAUUUUGUUGCCCUGAUCUUCUCAUUUUCUGUUCAAUCUUGUACUCUCGUUGCACUCUUGGUGUUAUUAUCUCCAACGCUUCCCCUUUUCGCAUGUUUCGCUCCACGCCUCAGCUCGUGUUACUUGCCAUCCUCAGUUGUAAUACAGCGCCAAGACUUACAUAACUUACAAGACUAUGGCAAAUGACAAGAGAACGUCCGUCUUCGAGGCAGACGAAAAUGCAGUCUACCCAGCAACCAGUCCUCAAGACGAUGGCAACCUCACAACUCAUACGCCGCAGGAGGAGGCUCGCGUUGUUCGGAAGCUGGAUCGGAAUUUAAUGUCCCUAUUCUUCGUACUAUACAUGCUGGCUUUCCUCGAUCGUGGGAACAUAGGAAAUGCGAGAAUUGCGGGCAUGGCCACUGAGCUUCAUCUCGACAGUGUUAGAUACCAAUGGCUCCUUAAUAUCUUCUACAUCACCUACAUCAUUUUCGAGUUUGGGGUCCUUCUAUGGAAGAUAUUCCCUCCCCAUAUCGUCGGCACGGUCGUCGUGUUUGGAUGGGGUCUGAUUUCCACGGUACAGUCUGGCGCUCAUGACUGGCAUGGUAUGAUGGCAUUAAGAUUCUUUUUAGGUGCUUUCGAGGCCUGUUAUGCACCCGGCAUCAUAUUUCUACUAUCAUUCUUUUAUCUAAGACAUGAGAUUGGAUUCCGAUGCGGUCUCUUUGCCUCGGCAGCGCCGUUGGCCUCGACAUUCGCAGGUGCCCUCGCAUACGGAAUCACUAGCGGACAUUCCCAUCUCGCCAACUGGCGCUUACUCUUCCUCGUUGAAGGACUCCCCACCAUACUCAUGGCUGCGGUUGCCUUCUUUUUCAUUCCCGACUCUCCCGAGAAGGCAAGGUUUCUGAAUGCGAAGGAAAAGGAAAUUGUCAGAUCAAGGGCUAUGCGCCAAGUUGGUACUGAUGCCAAUGCCAGAAUCGGUGGCUUCAAGCUCAAGGAUAUUGGCCUCGUUUUCUUGGACCUGAAGGCCUGGCUGUGUGGGCUCAUGUACUUUUGCGGGAACGUCACCUACUCCAGCUUGCCUGUUUUCCUUCCAACCAUCCUACAAGAUAUGGGCUAUACCGCAAUCAAUGCCCAAGGCUUAUCCGCUCCCCCAUCAUUCGCCGCCUUUUUGUUCGCUUUGAUCACAACCUGGAUUGCAGACAAGACCCAACAACGCUGUCUCGUCAUUACUGUCACUUCCAUUGUGGGAGGGGCUGGAUACAUAAUUCUUGCCACCGUUGAGACGGUAGGGGUUCGUUAUUUCGCUACAUUCUUAGCGUCUGCUGGAGUUUUCUCUACAAUCCCUAAUAUCCUCGGCUUGACCCUAAACAACCAGGGCAGCGAUACUCGACGUGGAAUGUCCAUCGUUCUUAUCAACCUCAUCGGUCAAUGCGGUCCAUUCUUAGGAACCAAUAUCUUCCCCACGAAUGAGGGGCCAAGAUACAUCAAGGGCAUGAGUAUCUGCGCUGGUUUCAUGUUCUUCUCGGCCCUUCUCGCUCUGGCCCAACGACUACUCCUAAUGUGGGAGAAUUCUAAGUUGGAUCGCAAGUACGGCACCACUGUGAAGACUGGCAACGGGACUGAGGUACAAGACGUUGCCGUAGAAAACUAUGGGCCCAAAUUUCGAUAUGUUCUUUGAGGCGCCGUUCUUCAACAACUCGAUGGCCAAUAUUGAUCUUCCCCGAUCUCUCAUCUGUCGCCUACUUUCCAGGGGCAUUUUGGAAGCAUUCACACUACCUAGGUAGAUAAGUAUGGGAUGAGGUAGUUAAUUUCACUAGAUGUUUGGUACCUCUCUAGUAGGUAGCCCUGAAGAUAAUGCGAAUGCCUUGUCCAAGAACCAUUCAAAGUUUCACAGUAUUUAUGACGAUAGUGCACUCGAUCACAUUGAAGAAUUGGGAUCACAAGGUAAAGUUGCUGUAAAGGAGUAUAAUCAGCCUACAGUAUCCAGAAUAAAUAUGAGAUACUAGGUAGCCUCCGAAUAUGUUCUGCGAUUAAGGUAUGUGGUAUGUUGGUAAUAUAAAUGUCGAUUGCUUCAGCCUUAAGCUAGAACAAGCAGGAAUUGACAUCAACUUUGUUAAUCA